CGCAGCUGUCAAAGAUAGCUGUCAGCCAGGAUCAAACACACAGUCAAUGAGACGGGCUGGAGGCACGCACAGACCCCAGGUAACCACCGACUGAAAGUGUGUUUAUUUAAAGAAAACCGGAGGGGAGAGACGCGCCUUUUCAUGAGUAAGGAUUCUCGGUUAUUCGGAUACACGCUGUGGAUUUCUGGAGCAGAAACACAAAGACCGCUUCCCUCUGCGCGUCACCGGGGAAAAGUGGGCAUUUUUUGGACCGAGAUGAAGACGAAAAAAGGUUCGAUGAUGCUGUCGGGCAGCGAGACGGACGACGAGGACAGCGUGGACGCCCCCCUGGAUCUGUCGUCCAGCUCGGGGAGCAACGGGAAGAGGAAACGGCGGGGAAAUCUACCCAAGGAGUCGGUACAGAUCCUCAGAGACUGGCUGUACGAGCACCGCUACAACGCCUACCCCUCGGAGCAGGAGAAGGCGCUGCUGUCCAAGCAGACGCAGCUCUCCACACUCCAGGUGUGCAACUGGUUCAUCAAUGCGCGGCGGAGACUCCUCCCGGAGAUGCUGCGGAAAGACGGCAAAGACCCCAACCAGUUCACCAUCUCCAGGAAAGGUAGCAAAGCGGGCGACAGCUUCUCCGACAGCUCGCAGUCCCCAAAGCACGGCAGCCCUGCGGGGGGUCCGGAGGAGAACUACGACCAGCGGGUCCUCAGCCCUUCCAGCUUCGAACCCGCCACCCCCGGAGUCCUGAGGAAGGCGGCGUCGCCCUCCUCCUCUCCAACUUCCUUGUCUCCAUCUCCGGGGCUUUUCCCCACCCGCCCGUCUGUCAUCUGUCACACCACUGUCACCACGGCGAUGCAACCCCUCCCCUCGGUGAUGAACUCUGAGCUGCUGCAGGUUCAGGCGCUGCUCCGGUGCCAGGAUGAAGGGAGCCACAAACUCCCCCCCACUACCACCAUCCUCACCGGCAUGGAGGGCAACCUGAGCCCCCGCAGCGGGCUUUUCAACACCCCUCCCCCGACCCCUCCAGACCUCACGCAGGACUUCAGCGGCUUCCAGCUCCUGGUGGACGUGGCGCUGAAGCGGGCUGCAGAGAUGGAGCUGCAGGCCAAGCAGCUGGUGUCUUAAAGCACCACAGAAGAAGAAGAGGGAAGAAAGUGACUUUGAGUCUCGACUUUGGAUCUCCUCAGUGACUUCAGAUCAAAUCCACUCGCCUGAUCAUUUCUAUUUUUGGUAAACCAAUCAUAAGGAUGUUUUUUAUGGACUAUCGAGGUGCCUUGGAUGUUUAUUCAUUUCAAAGACAUGCGUAUGUUAUCUACAUGUGUAUCUUAUUUGCACACAGGGACCAAAAAUGUUAUCCGAGAAAUGCUGCCUGUCUUACGUCUUUCCAUUGUAUGGUUUUAGGGAGCGAAGUGUCCACACGUUUACUGUUGUACAUUUCACGCUCGCUCUGCCUCGUUUGUUUGCACACUAAAGGCAGAGGAAGGUCAUCUCAGUGUCUUAAACAUACUUCAUCUAUGACAAACAUAUUCACUACUGUAGUAAAUGUUUUCAUGAGUACAAGUAUAGUUUUUAUUUUGUUAUUUAGCUGUUUUAAAAGAAACUCCUAUGCUUUCUUGUUCGUUAUUUUAUACUCUUUUUCCCCGUCAAGGGAUAUUUCAGAUGACCAAUGUAGCAGGUUCUUAGUCUGAGCCUCCAUCCCAUCACUCAGUGGACAAAACGACGGCCAGUGGACUGGAAGAUUAAAACACUACACAUGUUUUUGUUUCUGCGUUUGCAGACAAAGACAGCAUUUUUUAAAUCACCAAAAAAAACAGCAUUUUCAUGAUAGGACCAUGUGUGUAGCUAAUGUGACACGAUGCCCAAUGAUGUGAUUUCUUUUUUCAUACUGUGCAAUGCUUGUGGCAAAUAGGGGUCACAUGGGAUUCAAAUAAAGUUUUGUUUUUCUACA